GGCGCGCCAUCUUUCCUUCCCGGCUUCUCUCUCCUGGCGCACACGUUGUGAAAAAGAGGAGAGUGAGAAGCCGCAAAUAACGUUGGUAUUUCGUGUUCAUCUAUCUGAGAGAGGAAGACAACAGCCAGGCAGUUGGGGGUGUGGCGUGGCCUUCCUCCUUUCGGGGAAACAGCAUCUGUUCUGCCAGGGAUUGAGAAAAGGCUGCUAUAAUGUCAGAGAAACCGACCAGAAUCGCAAUUGUGAACCAUGACAAGUGCAAACCCAAGAAAUGCCGUCAAGAGUGCAAGAAGAGCUGCCCAGUGGUUCGGAUGGGUAAGCUUUGCAUAGAAGUCACAUCACAAAGCAAAAUUGUGUGGAUCUCUGAAUCUCUCUGCAUCGGAUGUGGAAUCUGCAUCAAGAAAUGCCCCUUUGGGGCUCUGUCUAUUGUCAAUCUGCCAAGCAACCUGGAGAAAGAGACAACGCACAGAUACUGCGCCAACUCCUUCAAGCUGCAUCGGCUUCCCAUUCCAAGACCUGGCGAGGUUCUCGGGCUGGUUGGCACCAACGGCAUCGGCAAAUCAACGGCCUUGAAAAUCCUGGCGGGAAAACAGAAACCAAACCUGGGGAAGUAUGACGCGCCUCCUGACUGGCAGGAGAUUCUCACCUACUUCCGGGGUUCUGAGCUGCAAAACUACUUUACCAAGAUCCUGGAGGAUGAUCUGAAGGCUAUCGUGAAGCCCCAGUAUGUGGACCAGAUCCCCAAGACGGUCAAGGGGUCAGUGGGAUCCAUCUUGAGCCGGAAAGAUGACACCAAAACAGAGGACAUUGUUUGUGAGCAGCUUGAUCUGACCCAUCUCAGGGACAGGAACGUGGAGGACCUAUCAGGAGGGGAGCUGCAGCGCUUCGCCUGUGCUGUGGUGUGCAUCCAAAGAGCAGACAUCUUCAUGUUUGACGAGCCGUCCAGUUACUUGGAUGUGAAGCAGCGCUUGAAGGCUGCUAUCACCAUUCGCUCCCUCAUCACCCCAGACAGGUACAUCAUUGUUGUCGAACACGACCUGAGUGUGCUGGACUACCUGUCUGACUUCAUCUGCUGUCUGUAUGGAGUUCCCAGUGCGUACGGAGUGGUCACCAUGCCUUUCAGCGUCCGGGAAGGUAUUAACAUCUUCCUGGACGGUUACGUGCCCACGGAGAACCUGCGCUUCAGGGAGGCGUCGCUGGUGUUCAAGGUGGCCGAGACAGCCAACGAGGAGGAGAUCAAGAAGAUGUGCCGGUACCAGUACCCCCACAUGAAGAAGGCCAUGGGGGACUUCGAGCUGGAGAUCGUGGAGGGAGAGUUCACAGACUCUGAGAUCAUGGUCAUGCUGGGGGAGAACGGAACUGGCAAAACUACGUUCAUCAGAAUGCUGGCAGGCCGCCUUAAACCCGAUGAAGGAGGGGAGGUGCCUGUCCUGAACGUCAGUUACAAGCCACAGAAGAUCAGCCCCAAAUUCAAGGGAAGCGUGCGAGCAUUGCUGCACGAGAAGAUUCGCGACGCGUACACCCACCCCCAGUUCAUCACUGACGUCAUGAAGCCCAUGCAGAUCGAGAGCAUCAUCGACCAGGACGUCCAGAACCUGUCUGGAGGAGAGCUGCAAAGAGUGGCCCUGGCUCUCUGUCUGGGCAAGCCUGCCGACGUCUACCUGAUCGAUGAGCCCUCCGCCUACCUGGACUCCGAGCAGCGUCUGAUGGCUGCCAGGGUCAUAAAACGAUUCAUCCUCCACGCCAAGAAGACUGCCUUUGUGGUUGAGCACGAUUUCAUCAUGGCGACCUACCUGGCGGACCGUGUCAUUGUGUUCGAUGGCAUUCCUUCAAAGAGCACAGCUGCCAACACGCCACAGACGCUGCUAGCUGGGAUGAACAAGUUCCUAGCGCAACUGGAGAUCACUUUCAGAAGAGACCCAAACAAUUUCCGACCAAGAAUCAACAAGAUGAACUCCAUCAAGGAUGUGGAGCAGAAGAAGAGCGGAAACUACUUCUUCCUGGACGACUAAAUUCAUUCCCUCGUAUCCAAAGUUUCCAUCAUACUACAGCAUAUUAAAUACUACACAUUUCUCGAAAAAGCAGAAUAUGCCCAGUUCCACUAACCCUAAAGAGACCAUCAUUGAAGAUUCUAAGCACCUGCGUUCUGCUUGGGCUGGUUAGCUGUACACUUGGGUACACCAUCAUGACUGGAAGGACUGACAGAGAGUGGAGAGGCCGAAUGAACAGUUUAUUUUAAAGCUAUAUCCUAUUAAUUAAAC